UGUCGCUUUCUUUGGCUUAUUUCCUUUUAGUGAAUUUGAAUAAAUCAACACUGGAAUACAUCUGUUAUUUACGACUACACCCAAGAUUAUCAACUGAAAAGAUAUAACACAUUUACAAGAACGAAUAACCCCAAAAAGCCUCCACAGAUGUUAAUGUAAUUGAUGUUUGAUUCAGGAGACACUGAAGAAUUCACUGUGUAAAGGAAGGAAAAUUACCAGACUGGGGUUUCCAUGGAAACACUACCGUCCUCCACGAGACCACCUCCAGCCCUUGAAAAGCUGAACCAAUCAUCUGAAGGGAAUUGUACAUUCAUAUUUACAUGGAGAGGUUAUAAGAAAAGAGUCUCUACGUCACACCGUAAACGUUGCUGGUAGAUCCUGACAAUACCAUGCCUGAACCCGCGAAGUCCGCGCCCAAGAAGGGCUCCAAGAAAGCCGUGACCAAGACCGCCGGUAAAGGCGGCAAGAAGAAGAGAAAGACCAGGAAGGAGAGCUACGCCAUCUACGUUUACAAGGUCCUUAAACAGGUCCACCCAGACACCGGGAUUUCCUCCAAGGCCAUGAGCAUCAUGAACUCGUUCGUCAAUGACAUCUUUGAACGCAUCGCUUCAGAGGCCUCUCGUCUGGCUCAUUACAAUAAGAGGUCCACCAUCACCUCCAGGGAGAUCCAGACCGCAGUGCGCCUCCUGCUGCCCGGUGAGCUGGCCAAGCACGCCGUGUCUGAGGGCACCAAGGCUGUGACCAAGUACACCAGCUCCAAGUAAACUGGACCGAACCAUCAAUAUAAACCUAACGGCUCUUCUCAGAGCCACCCACUAUGUUUAAAGACGGACUUCUUUUAUUCUUGAUAA